AUGUCUACCAACAUCACUUUCCACGCCAGCGCCCUGACCCGCGCCGAGCGCACCACACUGCGCAAGCAGCAAGGCCUAACCAUUUGGCUCACCGGCCUCUCCGCCUCCGGCAAGUCAACCAUUGCUGUCGAACUGGAGCACCAGCUCGUGCGGGACCGCGGCGUGCACGCCUACCGCCUGGACGGCGACAACAUCCGGUUCGGACUGAACAAGAACCUGGGUUUCAGCGAGGCCGACCGCAACGAGAACAUCCGCCGCAUCGGUGAGGUGUCCAAGCUAUUUGCCGACUCUAACUCUAUCGCCAUCACCUCGUUCAUCUCGCCCUACCAGAAGGACCGUGAUAGCGCACGCCAGCUGCACGAGGUGCCUACGCCUGGUGAGGAGACCGGUUUGCCUUUCGUUGAGGUCUACAUCGAUGUGCCUGUUGAGGUGGCUGAGCAGCGCGAUCCUAAGGGUCUCUACAAGAAGGCUCGUGAGGGUGUCAUUAAGGAGUUCACUGGUAUUUCGGCUCCUUAUGAGGCUCCUGCCAACCCCGAGGUUCACAUUAAGAACGUCGAUCUGCCCGUUGCCGAUGCUGUUAAGCAGAUCAUUGAGUACUUGGACUCCAAGGGCUACCUCCCCGCUAAGCAGUAA